UGGGACGGUCCGGGUAGAUUUUCUCAUCGGCCGACAUUAAAGCCAAUUAACUAGUAACGGAUAACUGUUUACUACGUAUUCAUGUUUGAUAUAAAUGUUUAUAGUGAGUCGCGUCGGGAUUAUAAGUUUCUGUAACUGUGUGAGGCGUUAAAUGGACUAGUGAUAAGUUGGACCGGGUUGUGUCGUGCCGUGUUGUGUUGCAGGCUUUUGGACGCAUUUUUUUGCUUUCCUCAAGCGCUGGUACUUUCGUUUUCGCUAGAUGACACCUAGGUAAGGCGCUCGCUGUUUCUGGAGAAUCGAUGGGAAUUUAAAAGCCGCGAGAGCGGGGCCGUGUCAAGAUGAUGGUGGAGACCAUUUUGGACUCCUCGCAGGACUUCGGCAUGUCCAACGGGGUGCUGCCUCAGUGGAAGCGCGAGCUGCUGCAGCGGCGCGCGGCGCGCUCCCGCCCCGCGCCGCCGUCCGCCCCCGCGCCCCCGCCCGCGCCCCCGCCGGAGGAAGACGAGGAGCUCCGCUACGGGCCCGGCAUCGUCAAGCGACUCAAGUCCAGAUACCUAUCUCUCGCCCUUAGAGACGCCCCGAGGCGCAGACCAUCAGUACUUAGACGUGCGGCCUCCCUUGAGCACCUCCUAGAUGAGCGUCCCCCGCCCGCGCCGCGCCCGCAGCGGCAGCGCCCCGUGUCUCUAGCGCCCGCGUGCCCGGCCGCGAUCCCUCCGCGCCGCGACUCAGUGAAACGCGCCCGCUCAGUUGACGCCCUAAGCCGCUUGGAGCGCGAGGAACCGCCGCCGUCUCCGCCUCCGCCGCCGCCUAUCGCUCCGCGACCGCCGACUGUCCGCAAUGCGCGCCCGCCGCGCCGCCCCGCUCCGCUCCUCCGCGAAACCGAACGCCCUCCGCCUGAUGUUGUCAAAUCUACGCUCAGAAAAUUCGAAUCCGCUCCGACUCGCCGAACGGCCCCCGCCGCGCGGGUAUCGGCCGUUUUGCGGGGCUUCACGGCCUCCACUCCGGAACCAAAAGACCGAUCGCCGAGCCCGAUCAAUGAUGUAUCGAUUAUCGAAGAGCCGGAAAGCCCACAAGCGACUAAAACGGUCUCUAGAGCCGCUUUAGACGGAAUAGCACAAGCCGGGUCGACGGUCAGGUAUUCUUUCGAGGCCCCAAAACGCGGAUCGCAUUUACCUUUAGUAUCCGCUUCGAACCCAGUGCUGCUCGGUCGAGCGAGGCUGUCGCCGUCGCCUCGCCGCGUCGGCGUCAUCAGGCCCAUGCCAGCGCCGACGCUCGAGCGCUCCGUCUCUACUCCCGCUCCUCUGCCAGAAGACAUAGACAAAAUAGAAGUUCCCCGCAUCGUGACUCCUCCACCUUCACCCAUAGCGGAACCAGAAACGCCUAAGGAAAAGAAAGAAACACCUUCGGCUCUAGUCGAGCCGAUACCUCGCUCUCCACCUGAAGAAAUCAGAGAAGUCAUAAGAAACCUCACUCCGCCUCGCGAGAUUACCCCGGAGCCUAAAAUCGAAGAGAUCGAAAAGCCGGAGCUUAAAACACCUGAGAUCAAAACGCCUGAGAUGAAAACACCCGAGCUCAAAACUCCCGAGCUGAACGGUCACGUAGAAAGAAAAACUUUAAAGACAUGGAAGAGUUUGGACGUUGAAAAGAAAGAGCCAAAGGAGAACGGGGACGUGAAAUCUUGGAUAAGGGGGGGUAGUCCCGCGGCGGCCAGGAGGGGGCGGGUGCCGGCGCCCGCGGCCACGUCGGUGGUCUUCAACUUCUCUGGGAGGAAGGAGGUGCCGGACUACAUCGAGAAUGAUGGCAUCAUUCUAAGGAAUAAGCGGGACAAGAUUAAGGCAUCCGACCCCGGCGUUGUCGUCCUGCGUCCCGAGGCGCUUGCGGACAAUUCUGACUCGGACGAGCCGGACGACUGCGGGCCUCCCUCGCCGCUCGCCGUUCGCUUCGUCAAUGACAACGUGCUCAUCAACGGCCGCUCCUCCAUGCCGUCUAAACCAGACCGCAGCCGCACCGCCAGGCUGAAGAUCCAGUUCGACGACUCACUCACGCGCACGUUCGAGUAUCCAUCGGAGACGUCUCUCUGCGAGGAGUCGCCGCCCGCCCCGCCGCCCGCUCACCAGACCGUCAUGGCCUCCAACACUCAUAUAGCGUCCGCGUCCCUGUCCCGCUAUACGCCGCACAAGACGCUCGCGGACGCGUUCCAGCUCGGCGUCACGAGGCACGAACGGGAAGAACACACAGUGAGCACAGAGGUCCGACCGGAGCCGACAGAAUCCGAGGACGCGCGGCCGUGCGCGGCCGACUGCGCGCGCACCUGGAGCGAGGCGCGCACGCACGCCACCGACCUGCUGUUCUAGUGUAAUGGCGGAGGACCCAGCAAAAGCAGUGAAAUGAACAUUCCUAUAAUUGUUAAUUAACAAGCAUAUUGUGGAUAAUUUUGAUACGAUUUUGACGAAAGUCUGAACAUAUGUACUUAACGUUAAACUUUAUGUACUUACAUUUAUAUCCUUUGUAUGGGCUGACGCGACAAGACCCUUUUGGCCUUGUUAUAUAUGUGUUGAUUAAUAAUCGCUAGCUUAUAUUAUGUACUUAUGCUGUGACUAUUUGUAACUACGGCCUGUACUUUUUGCGGCUCUUACUAUUGUUUGAAAACAUAAAUUAUUGUAACCUUUUGUUUCUAUCUAAAUACAAUUGAAAUAUUAUUACCAAAGACAUAUAUAACUCCGUAUAAUCAGAUAAAAAAAAUGUAUAGGUGUCUAAAUGGUUGGUUGAUUCUCGGCUAGAUGGCGCU